CAGCGUUAGACUUACGUACACUUCCGCUACAAACGCAGGAUGGUGAGAAGCUACACAUCAAGUGACGAUGAAGAGGAAACCAGGACUCGACGAAAACACCAAAAACGACAGUCCCACUCUAGAAGUCCGAAAAGGGAAUCUAAACACGGAAAAAAGAAAAAGAAAUCUAAAUUUGAUGAAUCAAGAUCCUCAAGUAGAAGCCCACCCCCAAAACGAAAGAUAAAAAUGGAACAAGAAUCACCAGAAUAUGAACAAGGAGAGAGAACUCACAGCAGGAAACAUCACAGAGAGGAUCGAGACAGAAGAAAACAAGAACACAAACACAGAAAUGAAGAAAGAUUUGAUCCACAUCGUCGAAUAAAACAGGAACCAGAUGAUGAUGCCAGAGGGCACAGGAGAGACAAUGAAAUGAGGGAGCAAAGGCGAGAAAGAGAUAGGAAUGAUGACAGGAGGCGAGAGGCUAGGAGACAAAGGGGAAAUAACCCUUUCAGGACAGAAGAUGAUGGGUUUGUGUAUGGUCAGCAACAAGAACAGGGUCAAAAAAAGACAGAAGAACCAAAAGACAAAGAUAAACCAGACUUUAAACUCUCAGGGAAAUUAACAGAGGAUACAAAUACAUACCGUGGUGUAGUCAUUAAGUACAAUCAACCUCCAGAGGCAAGAAAGCCUAAGAAACGGUGGAGAUUGUAUCCAUUUAAGGGAGAUGAAGCCCUGCCAGUAUUACACAUUCACAGAAUGAGUGCCUAUUUAAUGGGAAGAGACAGACUUGUGGUGGACAUUCCCACAGAUCAUCCCUCAUGCUCCAAACAACAUGCUGUCCUUCAAUACAGACUUGUGAACUUUGAGCGUGAAGAUGGUACGACAGGACGUAAGGUUGCCCCCUAUAUCAUAGAUCUUGACUCGUCCAAUGGCACCUAUGUAAAUAAUCAAAGAAUAGACCCUCAGCGAUAUGUUGAAUUAUUUGAGAAAGACAUGCUUAAAUUUGGGUUCAGCUCUAGGGAGUAUAUCUUACUACAUGAAAAGACAGAUACAUCUGAACUAGCUGAAGAUUCUGGAUCAGGUUCAGAUAAUUGAGUCAUGACAUCAUUAAAUAUAAGUCUGCAUAUCAUUACACAAACACAGAUUAAGAUGUACUUAACAUUCAUUUUAUAAAUUUUUUGUUCAUAUUUAUACGUUUUUGCCUAUGAUCAGGUUAUAUCACAGCUGUGUGUUGAUUCUUUAAAUUGACAAUGCUUUUGUUGAUACUUGUAAGUUGUUCUAGAAUCACUGAUUAAGUCAAGUCAUGUGUGUACCAGAUCAUAUUUUUUUCAUUAAUUUUAAGGAGUUUAAUGAAGACAUACUCUUUACAUAUACACUGUACAUCAUACAAUAAAAGGUGAAUAUUGUCGUUAAGAUCACUGAAUGACAGAUUCAUGUGAAAACAAUGACUCUUAUAUUCAGAAUAUUAUCAGAAGUAUAUUUGAUAACAAAAUGAAUCAUAACAAUAGCAAAACAUCCUGUCUUUUAGGGGCCAUGGUGGUUAAGUGAUGAAAUCAUCAGACCAACUUUAGCAUUAGCCACUUAUGGGUCACAUAUUUGAGGCCUGCAUGGGACAGUUGCCAGGUACUUGCCACAGGUCAGUGGAUUUUCUCUGGAUUUCUUCCAGCAACUUAACCUGGCACAUUCUUAAAUGACACUGGCUAUUAAUGGGACUAGCUACAAUAUAUUAACACUGUCUUUUGAACUUUUCUGCAGUAUAACAUGAUAUCAUGCCAUGCCAUUAGUAUGUCAUAAAGUUGCUAUAUUUUAAUAGAAAAUUAACUUAGCAACAACUUAAUCAUGAUAUUAUGCUUUUAAAUAUAGUAGCGUUGCCUGAUGUGUAUUCCAUGAACAACCAGAAUGUGAGACUUGUUAACAUGUUUGAUAUUUUGAGUUCAUUUAUUGACAAAAAUAUUGUUUAUAUUACUGAUUUAAACAAUAUUUGAUACAAGUUAACCAGAAUAGCAUUUUAUUUAUUUUUCUGAGAACAUUUCUUCUAUUUUUGUAGAUAUAACUGCACAAAAUGCCUCAUACCUUUGAUACAGAAUCUAUUAUUAGAAGCUUAUUGUGGUUUUACUAAAUAAAAAAACAAAAUGUGCUAGUUCACUGGAUAACAAGUGGUCACAUCUAAAUGAUUCUGAAAUGUUUAUAUCCUCUCAACAUAUUUUGUUAUAAAUGUCUCCACAAGUCCUUUUCUAAUCUUACUAUUAUGAAAUAUGUUUACCAUUUAUCACAGAUGUGGGUUUUAGUAAAUAGGUAAGUAGAGUUGCUGUUAAUUCGCUUCGUAAACCAGAUUAUGGAGUUGUCGCUCUAUGGAUGCCAUUUCAUACUGAACAGGCAUACUCACAAUUUUGUUACUUAACAAGAAAUGCAAUUUGGCUUUAUCAUUUUGUAGAAUUCAAGUAGUUCCAUGGUCAUGGAAAUUUCACAAACAUGUUCUUGAUAAUCUGUUGUAUAUAUAUGAUUCUGAGUAUAUAUAUGUGUCUGAGUUCCAAGUAUAUAUAUGUGAGUCUGAGUUCUGAGUAUACAUAUGAGUCUGAG